GGUCAUAGCCGGGAAAUUUAUCAUACAAAGAGAAUGCAAAGGGUGUUUUGUGUCAAGUUCAGCUGUGAUGCUAGUUAUGUUAUUUCUGGGAGUGAUGACACUAAUCUCAGGCUUUGGAAGGCUAAAGCAUCAGAACAAUUGGGAGUUCUUCUUCCAAGGGAACAGAAAAAGCAUGAGUAUAAUGAGGCUGUCAAGAAUCGCUACAAGCACCUUCCCGAAGUCAAGCGUAUUGUGAGGCAUAGGCACCUACCAAAACCAGUGUACAAGGCAGCUGCAACAUUGCGUGAGAUGACCGAAUCUCGAAGAAAGAAACACGAGAAGAGGAAGGCGCAUAGUGCCCCAGGAAGCAUCAUUGAAGAGCCAUUACGGAAAAGAAAAAUCAUCAAAGUUGAGUGAUAAAUGUGGGUAGUUUGUAAUUGGCUCAUGCAUAUCCAUGCUAGAGAAUGGAUCUUUCAUGUCCAAUGUUCGUGAGCUCCAUACCAGUGCCUGUACAGUUCAAGUGAUUUCCCAAUCACCAAUCCUCGUCAUGCACGUGCUGUCUCUAUGGUGGUUUUGACGGACUAUGUUUUGUUCAUGCUAUACUAACGUCAGGUCAUAGUGUAGUUUAUUUCACUUGUUCAGCCUUGUGCAAUUUUGUCUGGAAAAAUGUGUAACUGAAUAUUAGAAGGUAUAUCAAGGGGACUAAUCUUUUUCAGCCUGUGGACCCUUAUAGACUGCCUAACCCAAAAGUAAUACAUGGAAUUGGAAGUCA